AUGGCUUCGGCGCUCGGUGUCGGCGGCCGUGAGGCGAUGGCGGCGGCGGCUCCUCCCCCCUCCUCCGGUCCGGCCCCGGGCCCGGCCCAGCCCGAGGCCCCGGUCCCGGCCGAGGCCUACACGGUGCCCGGGAUCCUGCACUACAUCCAGCACGAGUGGGGCCGCUUCGAGCUCGAGAAGUCGCGCUGGGAAGCCGAGCGAGCGGAGCUGCAGGCGCUCGUGGCUUUUUUACAAGGGGAGAGGAAAGGCCAGGAGAAUCUGAAGAAAGAUCUGGUGAGGAGGAUCAAGAUGUUAGAAUACGCCUUGAAGCAGGAGAGGAUAAAGUACCACAAACUCAAGUACGGGACGGAGCCCGUUCAGGAUGAGGUGAAGAUGGAUACGUCGGACUCAGCUGUAAUCAAUGGCCCAGAGCUCCCGACCAUACAGCCGAGCAGCCCAGUGUGGUGUAAAGAGGGGAGACAGCUGCUGAGACAGUACCUCCACGAGGUCGGCUACACGGACACCAUCCUGGACGUGCGGACAAAGAGGGUGAGGUCGAUGCUGGGCCACACCAGCCCCGAGUGCAACGUGGAGCCUCAGGAGAACAGCCUGGGGCCCGUCCUCAACGGGGGCGACUCUCCGCUGGUCAAACAGAUCGAGGAGCAGAUUAAGAGGAACGCGGGAGGUGAGCUGCGGGAUGGGUUAACCCAGUCGGUGCUGAAGAUGCCGGUCCUACAGAACAUGGACGAUGAUAGCGACGAGGAGGACGACGUGGACAGUAUUCCUCCUGACCUCUCGGUCGCACAGAGACUCAGCAAGAAACAGCGGAUCAAGGUGGGCGGGGAGAUGCUGACGGCCACGAACCUGGGCAUGGACUGCGAGACAGUGGACGCUCUGAACGAGUUCCAUUUCUUGGGCACCGGCGAAGAGGAGGAGACGGGAGGGGAGGCCAGAGGCCUGGGGGACGGCAAGGAGCUCGGGAGUCACCAGCCGAAGCUUGCAAACGCACUGCCGGAUUUCCAGGACCUGGACACCCUGCCCUCCAUUCCCUCCGCCAUCGCCGGACCAGCCAAGCCCAGCGAAGCCAACCCUCUGCCCUUUCCUUCAGACGCCGGCAAGUUUAUCAUGGGGGUGGAGGGUGUCGGGGAUGGGGCGAUGAGCCUGGGCGAGCUGGCGGACCUGACUGUCACCAACGACAACGACUUGGUGUCCGAUAUCGCCGACAAGAAGGAUGGCUUCCGGAAGACGUGGAAUCCCAAGUACACGCUGCGCAGUCACUUCGACGGGAUCCGGGCGCUGGCUUUCCACGCGGAGGAGCCGGUGCUGGUCACGGCUUCCGAGGAUCGAACCCUCAAACUGUGGAACCUGCAGAAAACCGUGCCCGCCAAAAAGAGUACUGCUCUGGAUGUGGAACCCAUAUAUACUUUCAGAGGACACAUAGAUCCCGUCCUCUCGAUCGCGGUCAGCGCCAAAGGAGACCAUUGUUUCAGUGGCGGGAUGGACGGCACCAUCUGUUGCUGGAACAUGCCCGGCCUGAACACCGACCCCUACGAUACCUACG